AUGAACACAAUCCACAGAAAGGAUCACCAGGAUAGGAAAGGAUUUGCUACUUCAUUAUCAUUCUCAGAUUUUUCAAAAACUGGUGAUCCCUCUUUGGAUAAGGCUCAACAAUACAUGGAAGAAGGCGUCGAGUUCCAAAGUAACAACAUGCUUCCACUUGCCAUGAGUUCAUUUCAGAAGAGUAUCAAUGAACAUCCCACAGCGGGAGCAUAUUACAAUAUGGGUGUUUGCUAUUUCCAACUGGGGGAUUUCCAAUCUUCAAUCAAUUCAUUCCAAGAAUCCUUGAAGCUCGCACCUCAUCACGCGGAUGUCCAUACUAAUAUUGCAACCGCUCAUAUCAAGCUUAAUGGAAAUAUGAAGGAGGCUUUGAACCAUCUCAAGGCCGCUGCUAAUAUUACACCUCAGGAUGCGGAAAUCCAGUUCAAUCUAGCGGUUAUCAGUGAGAACACUGGUGAUUUAGAUACUGCAAUUAGCGCAUAUCAAGCUGCUGUCAAUAAUGGCCUAGAGACAGCUCAGAUGAAUUUGCGGAAUGCAAAGACAAAAAAAUUUGCAAAGUUGGCUAAAGAGGCAGAGUUUAAGGACAGUAAAAGUGAAUAA